AUGGGAAGUCGAACCCCCUCCUCCCCUCACCCUGAAAAUGUCGAGGUAUCAGAUUUCGCUCGCCAGAUGGCAGCAGUCUACGAACAAUUUGCCAAAGACAUUCAGACUAUCAUUGCAGCAUUCAAAACCAAAUAUGAAGACCUCAGACGAGACAGACCAACAGACACACCUUCCACAAUCUUAUCUGCCUGGGACUGUUUGCUGCAUGGGACAGAAAACGAUGCACAGGCCCAUAUGGACGUAGCAGUCUUGCUAAUGAAAAAUGUACACAAACCUUUAGAAGAAGUGGCGAUAAACAAAAAGAAUCAGACUCAGAAACUCAAUUCUUACCGAGACCAGUUCGAGGAGACCAUGGAUAAAGUGGAACACGACCUUCAAGUCGCAGAAAAGAACUACGAGACUUCAGUGAAGCUUUACCAGACCAGUUCUAACUAUAACGCCAGCCUUCAGUUCCACAGCGCUCACAACGAAUACCUUUGUCAACUGUGUGCUUCCAACAGGACAAUAGAGGAGUUCCAAUAUCUCAUUCCACAGGUCUUAGAGGAGCUAGAGGAGAUUUAUAUAGACACCAGUAACACUGUCAACAUAGCCAUGGAGAGUCACGCGUUAAUGCUGCUCACCAAGAUUAGUGCAGAUGCCACUGCAGGUUUGGAUACCAUAUGUUCUGUGGGACUCCAUAGAAAUGAUACUG